UAUAGAUAAGAGCAUUUUCUAUUAGUUCCUAUUCAAUAAACUAGUUAUAGUUCCCGUACAGAUAAGUUUUGAGUAUAUCAUAAAAUGUUUCAGAAAGUUUUGUGUUUGUGCUUACUUACUAUUAUAACUCAAACGGAUUCUGCAAGAAUUCUUGUGAUAAUUCCAACUCCCGCGAUAAGCCAUCAAUCAGCUUUGCGACCGCUAUGGACAGAACUAUCUUUAAGGGGACACAGUGUGACUUUAGCUACGACAAAUGUAGCAAACGACUCUCGAUUAGUGAAUCUUACCGAAAUUGACAUGGGAGAUAUGUAUACAAAUCCACUAUUGUUAAGUCUUUAUAAAAAAAUGUCAUUGGCAAGUAACUUUGAAGUGUUGCAUUUAAUAAACAAAUUGUGUGACACUAUUUUGGACCUUCAGCUAUCAACUCAUUUGAAACACCUGAUUAGAAAUGAAAGUCUCUUUGAUGUUGUCAUUGCCGAGCAUGUUAUAGUUGACCAACUAGCAUUUGCUGAUCUUUACGGUUGCCCAAAAGUUCUAGUGUCCUCUUUUGAUGUAACAUCGUUAAUACACAGUUAUGUGGGAAAUCCUAGUAAUCCUGUGGCCCAUCCAGAUUUUAACCUGGCACUUACAAGUGGCAAAUUAUCGUUUAAAGAACGAAUCGUUAGCUUUAUAUAUGUUCAAAUAUACUACGCAUACAAGCUUUUAGUUUCCUAUCCAACCCGGACUAACAUCUUAAAGAAACAUUUUGGAGAUAAAGUACGUUCUUCGGAGGAAUUUUACAAGGAUAUUGACUUACUCUUACUUAACGUUAAUCCCAUUCUCAACGAACCUAGACCUCUUGGACCUAAUGUUAUUACAUUCGGAGGAGCAAUCCAUGUUUCACAAUCCAAGCCACUACCAAAAGAUCUGCAAGACUUCCUCGAUAGUGCCACAGAAGGAUGCGUUUACUUUAGUUUAGGAUCAAACACCAAAAGUGCGUUUAUGGGGGAGAAGAAAAUAAAGAUCAUUAUGGAAGCUCUUGGUGAAUUACCGUAUAAGGUUUUGUGGAAGUUUGAAGAUGAAGGUGUCGCUGUACCGAAAAAUAUUAAACUUGUCUCAUGGGUUCCUCAGCAGGAUGUAUUAAGACAUCCCAACAUAAAAGUAUUCGUAACCCAAUGUGGAAUGCAAUCGCUGGAAGAGGCUGUCGUAAACCACGUUCCCAUGGUAAUGAUGCCAAUGUACGGUGAUCAAGAAGCAAACGCAAAACGAAUGGAACUGAAAGGAAUAGCAAAAAUCGUACCACAUAAGCCAUUACCCGACAAAGAAUCUUUUAAAAGUGCUAUAAUUGAAGUCAUUACUAAUCCUAGCUACAAGCAAAACAUCAUCAAAAUUGCAGAGUUACUACUUGAUACACCAAUGACAGGAGUUGAAAAAGCAGUGUGGUGGAUUGAAUACGUUAUUAGACAUAAAGGAGCAAAGCAUUUAAGAGUUACCGAUGUGGAUGUACCCUUUUAUCAAUACUACUGUUUGGACGUUAUGGCUACACUUCUUUUGAUUGUGUACGUUUUCGUUAAAAUUAUUGGUUAUGCGUUCAGAGCACUUAAAAAGCUUGUAUAUCGUAAUAAAAAUGUUGACAAAAAUAAUAACAAAGGAAUAAAAAAGAACAACUGAAAAAGAUAAUAAUGUAAAUCCAUUUUUUUAAUUUAUAUUAAUUAAAAAAUUUGUAUUGUUUAUUACCUUGUCACGUUUAAUAUAUUUAUUUUUGUAUACUUUGCUUUUUGAAUAUUUGAAUUGUAUCAAAUAUUGUUUAUAUUGUAACAAGCAUAAAUAAAAUCCUACUUAUAUUUCUUA